AUGACUAGUCUCACCGAUGCACUUACCAACACCUUAAAUCCCACAACCUCGUCAACACUGACCAUUCGAGUAAUCAAGAACUUUGAAUAUCGUACUGUCAAGAAUUUGGUAUUGCAGCACGUAAAUCUAGAGAGUACCACCGUCGGAGAGUUAAAAAAUAUUAUCAGACAAAAAAUCAACACUAUUUCCGGAUUUAAGCCUUUUCGUAAUGUGAAUUAUGAUACGUUAAAACUUUAUACAAAAGCUCACGGUGCAAAGACGCAAAACCUAAUAAUAAACAUUGAACACGAAGAAUGGAUCUUUGGCAAUGAUGAAGAUACCUUGAUCUCAUGUGGUUUAGAGAACGAGUCUGAGGUUUCAUUUUUCAAUAGGGAGGCCUACGAGGCUUAUAAACAACAUCCUGACGUGAUCAAAUGGGAUUGA